CAGUUUUCAGAGCCGCACUGCGUUGCUUAGCAGCUAGAGAGAGAGGACUCUGACUACUUCACGGUCGCUUUUCUGCCGGACUUUUGCCCUUCUUCAUUUUGUCAUCUGCACUUUCAUUGAAAAACUAUUUCAAAGUCUUGAUAACCAAGAUGUCCAAUACCGUGACACUAAAGGGACCCUCUCCAUGGGGUUUUCGCCUGGUGGGAGGACGGGAUUUUAGCACACCGUUAACCAUCUCCAGGGUAACACCUGGCAGCAAGGCAGCCCAAGGUGACUUGUACCCGGGUGACACCAUUCUGGCUAUCAAUGGGGACAGCACUGAGCACAUGACGCACAUGGAGGCUCAGAACAAGAUCAAAACGUGCACUCAGCAGCUCACACUCAGCAUAAUCAGAUCGGGAUCCGGAGAUCGAGUGUGGUCGCCUACAGUCAGCGAAGAUGGCAAGAUAAGUCCUUACGCAGAGCCUGACGCACAGAAUUUCCGUCCCAUCACCAGUGUUUCUGGCAGUUACGGUCGUAAACCGUCUUACACCUCUGAACCGCAGUCCCCACUUGCUCCUCAGCCUACUCACCUGAAUAAUGGGAACAGCAGACCUAACAACGGCCACAGCUACGGAUAUGGGAAUGGGACUGGGCAGCCACAGUACAACAACCCAGCAGGGCUUUAUGCUCUCAAUGGCAGCAACGGAGACAGAUCCCUGCCAGGCAAGAUGGGGGGUCUUAGCCUCAGUGCCACACACAGCCCAGAGCCUCCUCCACAGUCUCCAGUGAGCCGUAAUGGUUUCGACCCCCAGUCAGACGUCUACAAGAUGCUUCAGGACUAUGAAGAGCCCGUCUCUGCCCCCAAACAGUCUGGAUCCUUUAAAUACCUCCAGGAGAUUCUAGAUGCUGAGGAUGGAGGUUUGUCACCAACAGAAAGGAUGAGAAGCUUAAGGUCUCCAGUCAGGUCUCCGAUACCAAAACUAGGAAGCCCAAUUCCCCCUCCAACGACUGGUCUGCAGAAGCUGCCCCAAUGCACACGCUGCUGUAAUGGCAUUGUUGGCACCAUUGUAAAGGCCCGGGACAAACUCUACCAUCCAGACUGCUUCAUUUGUGAUGACUGCAGCAUCAACCUAAAGCAGAGAGGCUACUUCUUUAUCGAGGACAAUCUGUAUUGUGAGACCCACGCCAAGGCACGAGUCCAGCCACCUGAGGGCUACGAUGUCGUGGCCGUGUACCCCAACUCCAAGGUGGAGCUGGUCUAAGAUGAAGAGAAUGGCUUUCAUUUGCAUCAGUAAUGGGAAACAGAACAUAGUAGAAUUAGGCUACUGAGCAUCCUAGCCAGCACUGAUCAGGCUCUGUCCAGUAGGACUGCUGAUGUUGGAUCAGUUUUGCCUUCUUUGGUCCGGAGAGUUGUGUUAAACUUUAAUGAUCCCAGAUCAGUACUCUCACACUGACAGGUUUGAUAAAUGCUUUGCAUAGUGAAAUAUGUAGACAGGUUGAGGCCUGGAACUGAUACAUUUCCAAAAAACAUUCUCCUGAAAACUGCUAUCAUUAAUCUAUUGUGUUUGAACCUAAUUCAAGAGAAACAGCUGAAUAAGUUUUGCUCAUACUCGGAGAACAGUAUUCAUGUGCACAGUCUGAUAACAAUUAGUUCAGUAGCCUGACAUUCUGUAAUUUAGAAAAUUCUCAAGUACACAUUGCAAAAAGAAGACAAGGAGAAUUCAAAAACUAUUUUGUUUCUUGUUCUUUUAUAAUCUGCAGUUUACACUCCAAUGCAGUUCGCAGGGAUCUGUAGUUCAAAUGUUGGUUGAAGGGCUUAAAUUGUCAUUUAUCACUGCUACAGGUAAAUAUUUUACUCAUGCUGCUUCUAACUUACUGGCAGUUCUAUUUUUAGACUUUUCAGUUUUGCAGUUAAGGCUAUUUUUCUCAUAUUAGCUCACUUUUCCACAGCUCUCACAUGAAAUUUACUAUCAAAUGUCAUCCAGAAGCUUUGUAAGCAGAUUUAAGGAAUGUAUCUUGUAGUAAACACCUUUGUAUACAAGAAGAACUACUCGGCCCUACAGUUAUUUUCACCUCUAGUAAAAAAAUAAAUUAUUUUCACUGCAACACCAGAAUCUUUGGUAACAGGGAGUUUGGUGUCAAAUUAAAUAUUGGACCUAAUCCAGCCUUGUUUUGCAGUUGUCUUAAAGGUGCAUGGUCACACAUGACUUUUUGAAAUGUAUACGCCAGCAGUCACAGUUUUUUUGUUUGUUUUUCCUAAUUGUAAUAGUACAUAAAUAGACAUGAAACAAACAUCACAAGUAGAUAUAUUGAUUUGUUCCUACUUUGAUUCUUUUCCUAUUUUUGUUUGUUUGUUAAGAACAAGAAUCUUGUUUUUUCUUGGUGUUCUGAUAAGUGGCUCUGGGGAGGAAUCACUAGAACUUAAGAGUUGCUGUAGAUUAAUGUUUUUGGUUAAGAUUUGCUCUUUGACUUUUGGCAGCUGUUGCUUUACAGCUUUAUUAAGUAGCUGUAUUCUGAUAGCUCCUUUGCUCUGUCUGCAGAUGCCGUACAUGUCUGUUUAUGUCUGUUCAUAAAGCCCGUUGCUGGAAUUCCAUUUAGGCUCAAAAAGGACUAAACACUAUUAAGACAGUCGCUUGGUGUAUUUAGCCUUAUUUUAUGAUCAAUUCUUUUGUUUUGUUAUUUUGUCUGGGCAUAUAGUGUGACUAUGCACCUUUAAAACUUUCAAUUGUUGUUUUGAAUAUAGUGUAGGUCAGAAUUAAUUGUGGCACAUGGCAAAUGUAGUUGCCAAUAUUGCCAAAGGCGCCGUAAAAUAACCGUAUGUGCAGAAGAUAAGUUUAAAACUUUGAUAAAUAACAAUUACUACUUAGUUUUCAUGCAAGUUUAACAAGUGACAUGAAAAUGAUACGAAACCUGAGUUUUAUGACAAAUAAACUCUCUGUCCCAGAGCCUGGAGACGGGCCAUUUGGAGCAGAUUAUAAAGGUUAUUCUGAGGAUGUUUUCUUUCCUUUGCACCUGACUGGGAGAGGAAUUUCAGUUAUCGCUGUGAAGCAUUCCUUUUCAUAAAAACAAGAGUUCCCUGGGUAUUUUUAAAGCCUCCUCGGGCUGACACAAGUAUCCCCUCUACUUCUCCUGACAGCUUUUAAUAUGGCUUUGUGCAUUUGUGUCCAGAGACAAAGCCAUGGAAAAACGGCUUUAGAUCAAACUUAAAACUUGUAAACGGGGAGUUCACUGCCUACAACAUGUGGGAGUAAUACCCUCCGUUUCGGUUUUUCUUGGAACAGCAUCUACUUGGAAGAGAAAAAAUUGACAGAAGUUGGAAGCAAGCAUCUUUUUUUGUCUCCAUCUUACUGUGAAUUCAUGACUCUGAUUAGAGCCAGGGUCAUAAAGCAAAUGAAAUAUGUUUCGACAUUUCCUUUAAGGAGAAAGGACAAAGUGUCAAGAGGGGAUGAGAGACCAGAAACGAGUUAGAUGACAUCUAACUUCCUUUCUUAGAAGAAGAAAAAAAA